GGACAACGUUUUGCACAAAAUCCCGGUGAUACUUUGAAGUUUUCUUUACUCAGUGCAAAAACUCAUUCACCGAUAAUUUCCAAUUUAUAUGACGGAAAACAUAUGUUUAAAGCGAAGAAACAUAGUGUUCGGUGUUAUUUACUUAAAAUAAAUGUCAAUUAGUCUGCAGUUUGAUAGAAUUUUGAAAUAUAAAGUGAGAAGACAACUAAGCAAUUUGAGAUUGGAUAAAAUGGCUUUCAGGCAGAAAAUUGUGUGCGCAAUAGUUGAAUCAACUAAAAGGAUUCUGAAAGUUUACGUUCCAAAGCAAGAGUAACAAACUGAAAUGGAGUCUUCGUAAAUAUUUAUGCUUUGCUUACCAUGCGAUUGACGUGAUCUUCGAACAAAGGUAUUAUUUUGUUUUAUUCCACUGAUGUCUUAAAAUAGGUGCAAUAUUUGUAUUUUAUCUUUGAUUUCAAUAUAAUUAAAAAUAUAAAAUGGGUGCAAGUCCUAGAAAGCGAAAGAAUUCUUUAAUCGAUAUUAAUUAUGGCGAGAUAAAAAAGCCUCACUUGGAAAUCACUUCAGAUCCACAAGAUGAAAUAGAAGAAAAAUUAUCAGAAUCUGAAAGAGAUAAUGCUGAUCCAAUAAAUACCAUUAAAGCUAAUGUCCCUCAUAAAUUAAUUAGACUUAUGUAUAAAUUGCAGUUAUCAUUAUUAUGUUCAUUCAGAAAGUUUCUGCAUGAUCAAGAAUAUGAUUCAUUGACAGUAGAAUUUGACGAUAAUGAACUUGAUAAAUUUCAUGAUAUUGUUAUGAGCAAUAACAAUAGAUCUGCCCAUAUUCAUAUUGAAUAUUUAGAUAAUCAGCAUGUAGAUAAUGAAAUUAAUUACACUAAGUUGUUUGCCAAAAAGGAACGUUCAUUUUCCAUCAACAACUACUUUGAUAGUUUUGUGAGGCAUACAAUAUGCAAAAGCAAUAUUUCACAAAAGAAAGUAAGAUACCUUAUAAUAUAUACUAAUGCCAGUUUAGAUAUAGCAGAAGAUAUGAAGUUGAGACAACGACGUUGUAGAAUUUUUUAUCCCUUUAAAUUUGAUAAAUUGGAUAUUGAAAAAUGUUACAUAUUGAAAGAUUUACUGUUUUCUACUGAUGACAUUGCAAAGCAACAAUUUUACAAAAUUUCACAAGAAGAAGAUACAAAAACUGAACUAUUGAAUCGUCUGGAAUUUUCACUUGCUAUGCAAAAAGAAAUAAAGAAAAGUCAAUAUUCUGAAGAAUUCUUGACAAAACUAAAAGAAAAAUUUUUAAGCAAAUUGGUGUUUGCAGUAAAUCAACCUAGUAGAGAAGAAUUGGAACAAAUAAUGAAGAAUGAAAUGAGCAAUAUUUUAGAAAGUUAUACAGAUUUAAAAGAAGAAAUAUUGAAUGCUCUAUCACGUGCAAAGAAGAACAAUUUAUCUUUGAUUUAUCAAUUCUGCGUUUUGUUAUUCACUCUACAUGAUAUGUUUACACUGGACAAAAUUUCUUUUGUGACUCUGAAGAGUGACUACUUAUCUAAUAUCAUUAAAUUUUCUUAUAAAAAGAAAAUUAGUUAUAUAGCACCUUAUGCAGCAAAAAAAAAUAUUAAUUGUACUCAAUUGUUUCCAUCAAAGCUGCUACAUGAUAAAAAUAUGUUUUGUGUUAACAAGUACUUUACAGCUUUUCUGAAAGAAUUGGAAAAUGGCAUGGACAUAAAGUUCUUUAUUAUUUAUACAAACGGCAGUCUAGAUAUUAAUGAAGACAAUGAACUAAAAAAAGGAAGGACAACUGAAUUUUAUCCUGUCAAAUUUGAGAUUAUAGAUAUUCAAAAGAAAAGAUAUAAGGUUUUGAAAAAUUGUUCUUUUAUCAACAGCAACGGACUCUAUCAAUUUGCCAAAGAAAGCACUGCAAUGCUCAAAACUCUACUUAAGUUUCCAGCUUCUAUAGAAAGAGAUAAAACUAAAAGUUUUGAUGAAAGCGAAGAUGAAAUCAAAGAAAAAUUUAUACAUAAAUUAAUUUUUGCAACUACUCAACGUGAUAUUCAGCAAUUGAAUAAUACUAUUAAAAGUAAUAUCAAAGAAACGGAUGUUUCUUACUCAUAUGAAGAGUUACAUGAAGUAGCUCUUCGUUGGUCAGAAUCUUAUGACUUUGGCCCUAUUACAGUUAAAGUAAUGAGAGAGCUCUUAGAUGAUGUAAAAAAUAAUAGAACUAGUCACCGAAAGAUCCAAAGUGAAGACAUAAUAGCAGAAAUCAAGUUUGCCAAAAGUGUGGUAGGCACCGAGGGAUCACCUUUAUUUAAUCAAUUUUUGCAUUUCAUAACCAGAGGAGAGGGCAAGAAAUUUAUCGAAAACUUAAGUAAGAAUGGCAUAGACUUGAUUAAUCUAUCUUGCAUAUUGCAAAAAACUGGCUCGCAUGGCAUCCAAGCUUUCAAAAACUACUAUAAUCUUUUCUUCACCGAAAAGGGAAAUGCAACGCAAUAUUUGAAGAUUUUAGAAAAGAAUAAAAUUAAUUUAGCUGGGAUAUCAAGUAUUUUGCGGGGAUCAAGAAUAUAUGCUACGAGUUCUUUUGAAGAGCUAUUCUUCAUGUUGUUCGAUGAAAAGGGAAACAAAACGCAUUACCUAAAAUCAUUGGAAAGAGAAAAAAUCAGUAUGACUAACAUUACCAGUAUUUUAAGUGGUGCCGGGUCGCAUGCUGCAAAAACAUUCAAAGAAUUAUACGACCUCUGGUUCGACGAGCAGGGCAAUAAAACUAAAUAUUUGAAAUCUCUGGAAGAGAAUAAAAUAAAUUUAGUCAGUAUGUCCAGUAUGUUGCACGGAUCAGGAUCCAAUGCUGCGAAAGCUUUUAAGGAAUUGUACGACGUUUGGUUCGACGAAGACGGAAGCAAAACCGAUUAUCUGUUAACAUUGGAAAAGGAGGGCAUAGAUCUCGCGAACGCGACCAGCAUUUUAAACGGGGCAGGAUCUAAUGCCGCGAGCUCUUUCAAGAAUUUGUACAAUCUCUGGUUCAACGAGAAAGGGGUGAAGUAUUUGGAAAAUCUGCAAGAGAACAAAAUAGAUCUGGCCAACAUGUCUUCCAUCAUCAGAGGAACUCGCACCGGCUGUUCCAAAGUUUUCGAGAACUUGUACAACUUGUGGUUCGACAAAGAAGGGAAGAAAACUCGCUACUUGAAAUCCUUGGAGAAAGAAGGCAUCAAUAUAACCACAGUGUCGAUGAUUCUAAGCGGUGCUGGACUCAAGACGUCCGAUGCCUUCAAAGCUUUAUUCGACUUGUGGUUCGACGAGAAUGGCUGUAAAACUCGGUACUUGAAAAAUUUGGAAAAAAACGAAAUCAGCUUGAGCACCGUGUCGGCCAUACUACGCGGUACUGGAUGCAACGCCGCGAAAUCCUACAAAGAUUUGCACGACCUUUGGUUCGACAAAGACGGAAACAAAACGAAUUAUCUGAUAUUCUUCGAGAAACACAACAUCCACCUGAACAGCGUCGUCUCUCGUCUCCUACGCGGAGCAGGCGCCAAUUGCGCGUCAACUUUCGCAGCUCUGCAUAAUCUCUGGUUCGACGAGGAUGGAAACAAAACCAAGUAUUUGAAAACUCUCGACGAAAAAGGAAUACCCCUGAGCCUCCUGAUCAGCGUUACGUAUGGCGCGGGAAUAUACGCCGUGAAGGCUUUCAAAAAUUUGCACAAUCUUUGGUUCGACGAGGAAGGCAACAAGACCCAGUACUUGGAGAUCUUAGAAAUGAACGAAAUCGAUCUAGAUCGCAUGUGCAGCAUAGUUAACAUGGCCAACUCCAGCGCUGCGAAAGCUUUCAAAAAUCUGUUCGAUCUCUGGUUCGAUAAGGACGGAAAUAAAACGAAAUAUUUGACCGUGCCCGAAGAAAACGACGUGUCCUUUUUCGUCACCACUCGAAUUUUGGAUUCUGCCGGAAGCGGCGCCGCGGUGGCUUAUCAGAACCUUUAUGAUCUUUGGUUCGACCAUAACGGGAAGAAAACGCAUUACCUCAGAUGCUUGGAUCUAAACGGAAUCAAGCUGAACGUCAUGUCCAGCAUUCUGUACAGAUCUGGAACUGGCGCUGCUAAGUCUUACAAGAGUUUAUGCGAUCUUUUGUUCGAUAGCGAGGGCAACAAGACGAUCUACGCGAAGCGAUUCGAAGAGAACGACAUACAUUUGGCUAACGUGUCCAUUCUUCUGGGUAACGCCAGAAACAAGGCCACUAAUAAGUUCCUCAAUUUGUACAAGCUUUGGUUCGACGAGCAGGGACGCGCGACCGAGUUGUUGCUGAAGUCUCUAGGAAAGCGCAAAAGGAGAUAGAAUGCAGCUCAGCUUUGACAUCACAAUUAGAUUACAUGCUGUAUAUUUAUGAACAAUUAACUUAAGAUUGUAUUUUUUAUAAAAAAGACUUUACUUUACCAUGGCUGUGAUAAACAUUAAAUACCUCGUAAAAUACUGUAGCAUUUACCGGACGUUUUUGAUCAAGCGGCCGAUUUUCUCGCUAUCUGUUAAAAAAGAAAAUGAACGAAAGAACUGCGUUUUUUCUCAUAAGGUUAUUCACAGUUAAGGUAGUACUUGUGUAAUCUGUCAUGAAAUAUAUAUUUAUAAUAAAAAAGCAACGACGAAUGCAAUAUGCGUUAAAA